UCCGAUAACUACUCUCUCUCGUUUAUUCGCCGUCGACGGAGCAAGAGCAACCCUUCGUUCUCAGGUUUGAGAAACUGUGAGAGCUGAGAGUUGGGGUAGAGAUGACAUUGGAUUACAAACCUUCAGAAGAGUUCCAAGUCAGUAAACUACAGUCGCUCCUUGACUUUGAUGUGACGGGAGCGAAGGAGCUUUGGCUUAUCCAGUGCCCUAUAAGUCAUUUUCCGGAAAUAGAAGCGAAGGAGCUUAAGGUUAAGCUAGAUGAAGAUGGAGUCUUGGGAGGAUUCGAGGAUUCAUACCGUAAAGAGGUUGACCUUGUUAGCUUUGCUUCUCAAGAUGCUGAUGCAACUGUGAUCAUACCAUCUGAAAAAGAAUCGAAAAUCGUUGGGAAGAUCUCCCGGCGAGUUUCUUUAGUUCGUUUCCUUGAACCUGAAGAGUUGCUUGAGACAAUGAAGGUCAAAACCCAACAGAAGCUUGCAGGAGCAGCAGUGACGAGUUCUUCUGUUAGAAACUCUAAUCCAGCUCAGAGUAGCCGGCGUAAAAGCGGACAGUCUUCUCUUCGACAUUCAACAUCCAGCAGACAGAAGAGCGUCUUUCCUAGCUCCUCCACCAAGACUCCCAUGUCUUCAAAGAGAAAGCACUCAGAGCCCUCCUCGAGCAAACAUCAUGGCUCAGCAACUAUUCUUUUUAUAAGACAGUCUAGUUUUUUGAUGGUUAAAGAUAAUUAAUUUCGAUUAUGUAAACGAUAAGCAAACCAGUAUUAACUUAUUUGGCCACAUUCUUUUAUAUCAAGUACAAGCUUUUUAGCUUCCUUGUAAUUUGUAACAAGGUCAAAGUUAGCAGCUUUUUAAUCAUAGUAUAAGUAUCAACAAAAGCUAUGUCUGCUUUGUUGUUCUUUGUUGUCUUCAAGCAUCUGUGGUUUGAGUUAUUGUUGUGGAGUCUUCUAAAAUUGACUCCAGAACGCUACAAAAUCAGCAAGUCACCCUUUUGAAUAUGAAGAA